GUCGCAAUAUAUAGCUUUCCAUUAUGGUCUUCAUUUCUCUGCACAUCCAGCACUGAGAUCAUAUGCAUUUGGAAGAUCACCAUCUACUGAGAGAAGCUCACAGAUUGCAGCAGAGCCUGGACCAGCAGCAAGAUCGUGCUGAGGUUCCGGUUGGAGAGGAGGAGACACAAAGGCCAACCGACAUCUGUUGAGCAGCUUUCUAACAUCAGCUUCAUUCUUCUCUUCCUUCAGUUAUAGCUGCGUUAGAUCACUUACAGCAGGUGACAAACACAAGGAGACAGAAACGCAGAGGGAGGAAAAGAGGUUAGCAUCCCUUGGUACCAACAGCAUUCCCAGCCCUUCAGUUUGCAGCAGGGAAGAGCAUUCCCUAAGAAAUGGAGAGAUGUGGAGCAGUGAUGAGCAGUGUGCUUGCGGUCGUCUUGGUUCUGCAGCUGGGUCUGACCCCCAUUAUGGCUCAGCAAGAACAACAGACUGGGGUUGCAGGAAAGGAGGUGAUCCUGAGCUGUAAGGACAUAAACUAUCAGAAAGACAUGAACUGUAAUUGGAAGUACAAGUAUAAGGAAGCUUAUUCUACAAUUAUAAGCUUUUCUAAAACAAAGAUUUUUAAAGGCAAAGCCCCAAUGACUCAUCGAUCUGAAAUGAAGUCGGACAGCAAACAGCUGAAGGUGUCAGACUUGAACCUGGACGACGCAGGCAUCUAUACCUGUUCAUGUCACUCUCCUGAAGUCAGUAUCUCAUUGCAUGUCCUUAAAUUGACAGUCUCUUCAAACGGGCACUUCCUCGCAAAUGAAGACCUUCAGCUUACUUUAAUGCAAAAUUCAUCCCACUCACAACCCCAUCUCAGCAUCGAAUUGUUUCAUAUUAGCAAUAAGAUAGUGACAACAGAAAUUUUGCAAAAUGAGGCUCCUCAAAAAUACAUACUGAAGCUAAAGCAACUGAAGGCUACAGACAGUGGAACCUGGAUGUGCCACGUUUAUUCAAACUCUCCAUUGAUUAAUCAGAACAUCUCCUUUGAUGUGAAGGUAUUAGGUUUUGAGGACGAACGCUUGGAAAUAAUGUACACUACUGUUGGCAACACUGUGAUCUUGUCAUGGCAUCUGAACUUCAAGAAGAUAGAGUGGAAAGAAGGUUUCAUAGGAAAACUGAAUUGGGAACCACAGGGAAAUGCAGCCAUUCAUGAGCUGUUUGCUUUCAAUGUCACAACACGUCGAGAGAUGCAUAAAAUUAAAAAAAGCAACCACAUUUGGUUUGAGAUACUUGAAACGAAACCUGAUAAUACUAUAAAAGUUAAAAUCCCCAAGGUCCAGUUAAAUCACUCUGGGCAGUAUCAGUGUCAGCUGGAGAUCAACAGUAGAAGAAUUUGGAGCAUGAGAGCGCUAGUGGUGAUGCAAGUCUCUGCUAACCCUGCUGGGCCACUCUCCAGAGGGGGCAAGAUGACCCUGCUCUGCCAGGUGUCUGGUCCCCUGCCAUCCAAUGCCCACUUGCUCUGGGAACGUGUGAAUGGGACUGAGAUGGAAAUCAAAAAGUCAAAACAGCAUGAAGCAAAAGUGGAGGUGGACGUCAGUGCUCCAGGAUUGUGGAACUGUCACCUCAUGGAAAACAAUAACAGAAAGAUCAGUCUUAAUUAUACUGUGGAGGAAGCUCAUGUUUGGAAUAGCUAUGCAGUAAUUGGAGCAAUUAUUGGAGCCAGUGUGUUGGUGAUUGGCCUUGCAUGCGUGUGCAUAAUCACUGGUAUGAGCUGGCAGCGGAGAAGGAAACGGGCAAAAAGGAUGGCACAAGCAAAACAAUACUUGCUGGAAAAGAAGACGUGUCAGUGUCAACGCCGGAUGUAUAAGUAGCUAUGCAGACUGAGGAACUCUCUGCCUGUACCUAAACAAACACCUGUCAGCCCAUAGUUCUCUAUGAACUCAGCUCCCUUUCUCCUGUUUUGAUAUAAUUCUUUAUGCCUUCAUCAUUCUCUCAGUGUAAUGCCACGGAGGGUUGUUGUCUGGAGAGGAGCCAAUGGACAAGACAAGAAAGAUAAGAAACCCUUACAGGUUAUUACUGAGCCCCAGCUCUAUAAUGAGAGACACUGAAUAGAAGAGUAGAUAUAUAUAUAUAAUGCUUGUAUUUUGUUCAUGCACUUAAUUUUUCCUUCCUGUGGAACUGAUUUUAUAUGCUUCUUUUAUCUACUGGAGCUCCAAUAAAUUUCUUCAGAUUUUUGUUUCUUUGCAAA